AUGGGGUCCGAUCCACAGUACAUCAAGUACCCCGAACUCACUCUCGCCCAACAUGUCUUCAACCUCUCAAAUCCAGCAUGUUCCCAAGCAGUUCGACAGUCCUCACUCAAGACGCUCCAAGAUUCUAUCCUGGAGAAAAAGAUGGCUCCUCUCUACCGACAUCUCGCCCACCCUGUCGAAGGCAUCCUGAACCACUCUGCCGAAGGAGCUUCCCAGCAACCGCGUUCAUCAAGCGCCGGCAAGCCACUCAGCACACUUGCAUCGCGGAGAUUGUCACAGAAGAUAGAUUUCCCGUGGGACGAAUCUUUGUAUCAGUCAUUACUGGAAGAGAACCGAAAGGAGCUGGAGACCUGCCAGAAGGAAGAAGACGAGGCAGAAGAAGCGGCCGGGGAGACAGAAGUCCAGGCCGCCCGCGGGAAGCGUGCUGAAUUCUGGGCGCGAGUGGGAGAUAAGGAUAAAGCGAUCGAGUCACACGAGGCCCUCCUAGAAAAGACGACAUUCCUUGGAACCAAGAUAGACCUAGUGCUUGCCAUGAUCCGAAUCGGGCUUUUCUUCGGCGACAGUCUGUUUGUUAAGAAGAAUAUUGAGCGGGCGGAUACUCUGGUAGAGACUGGCGGCGACUGGGACCGGAGAAAUCGCCUGAAGGCAUACAAGGGCAUGCACCUCCUCACUAUUCGAUCUUACAGCACCGCCGCUCCUCUGCUUCUUGACAGCUUGUCCACCUUUACGAGCUACGAACUAUGCAGCUACUCUGCUUUGGUCAUUUAUUCCGUUCUUACCGGCUCUCUAUCCCUCAAGCGCGUUGACUUCAAGGCCAAGGUAGUGGAUGCUCCUGAGAUUAAGGCUAUUCUUGGAUCUGGCGAGGACCGAUUGGCUGCUCUUACUGGCGAAAUUUCUUCCGGUCCUGGUGCCCAAGACGCAGAAAUGAAGGAUGCUUCCGCUUCGGGUACUAAAACCGCAGUCAACUUGACUGCCUUCAGUGGUCACUCUGGCGUCCAGGCCGAGGCCGAAGCGCCAGUGGACUUCGCCCCUCUAUCCAACCUGGUCAGCAGCUUGUACAACGGCAACUACCGGUCAUUUUUCCUAGCUCUUGCAGCUGUAGAGGAUAAUUUCUUGACCCAGGACCGAUACCUCUACGAACACCGCGCUUGGUUUGUGCGUGAAAUGAGGCUCCGUGCUUACCAGCAACUUCUCCAGAGUUACCGGGUUGUCGGACUGAACAGCAUGGCCAAUGACUUUGGAGUCACUGUGGACUUCUUGGACCGGGAUCUUGCCAAAUUUAUCGCAAGCAACCGAAUUGCAUGCACCAUUGACCGGGUCAACGGUAUCAUCGAGACCAACCGACCGGACGACAAGAAUAAGCAGUAUGCCGAUGUGGUGAAGCACGGUGACGCCCUCAUCACCAAGCUGCAGAAGUACGGCCAAGCGGUACGUCUGCGUGGAAGCGAGCGAAGCUAG